AUGGCAAUCUGUAGACAAUAUGGAAAUCCAGAUUUGUUUAUCACAAUGACAGCUAAUCCAAAUUGGAAAGAGAUAAAACACCAUCUAGCAGCAUAUGGUGGUGCAUCUCCCAAUGAUAGACCUGAUAUUCAGUGUCGCGUCUUCAAAAUGAAGUUAGACGAGCUGUUGGAAAAUUUAAAGAAAGGAACUUUCUUCAAACCAUACACUGCUGUUAUCCACAGAAUCGAAUUCCAAAAAAGAGGUCUCCCACACGCUCAUAUACUAAUGUGGUUUGGAAAGUCAACUAAAACACCAAAACCUGAAGAUGUUGAUGCAAUAAUUUCGGCUGAACUCCCCUCUAAAGAUAAAGAUCCAGAAGGGUAUGAUCUGGUAGCAAAAUACAUGAUGCAUGGUCUGUGUGGAUUAGACAGACCUCGAUCCCCAUGCAUGGAGAAACAGAUUUGUACCAAAAAGUUUCCACGCCCUUAUACUAAUCAUACAACGAUCGACAAAUCAGGAUACAUAAUUUACCGUCGACGUCAAUUUGAUGAAGAUUAUGUCAUGAAAGAGGGCACGAGGUUGGAUAAUAAAUAUGUUAUCCCGCAUAACAUGGCUAUUCUGAAAAAGUUUAAGGCACACAUUAAUGUUGAGUGGUGCAACAGAACAACUGCAAUAAAGUACCUCUUCAAAUACAUUACUAAAGGAGUUGAUAAGGCCACUGUAGUAAUUGAGAAGGGAAAUGAUUCCGGUUCAAGUGUCGAGGGAAAAAGUACAACCAUGAAACCGAGAAAUGAGAUACAAGAGUACCUAGAUUGCCGGUACUUAUCAGCACACGAAGCUAUGUGGAGAACCUUUGGUUACCACAUACACAAACGAAAGCCUUCCGUCCAAAAAUUAAUCAUCCAUUUGCCUGGCCAACAAAAUGUCACCUACAAAGACACAGACAAUCUAGAUAAUGUUCUGCAGAGACCGGGAAUUGAUCAAACUAUGCUCACAGAGUAUUUUGAACUAAACAAAAGAUCAGAAAAGGCCCAAAAUCGGACAUAUGUUCAAAUACCAGAACAUUUUGUGUGGGAUCAAGCAUUGAAGAUAUGGACCGAGCUGAAAAAAGGAGAAGCCAUUAGCCGAUUAGUUACAAUACAUCCAAACUCAGGUGAUCUAUACUACUUAAGGAUAAUACUUAAUGAGGUUAAAGGAGCACAAAGUUUUGAAGAACUACGAAUAGUUAACAACUGCCUACAUCUUGAUUACAAAGCGGCUUGCUAUGCAAAAGGAUUGCUGGACAAUGACAAAGAAUGGCAUGCUGCAAUGGAAGAAACAAAUACUUGGGCAACACCGUUUCAACUACGACAGAUGUUUGUAACACUGCUCAUAUAUUGCGAGGUUGGUAACCCUAAAGAACUCUGGAAGCGUUGUUGGAAAACAUUAAGCGAGGACAUCACAUAUAGGAAACAAGCUGUUUUCACACAUAACAACCUAAACUUAGGUGAUGUUGAGCUAGAGCAAUACACAUUGAUAGAGGUGGAAAAGAUUUUACAUCAGCACUAA